AUGUCGCUGUCGUCGCACUACCACGCGCACAAGCCCAAUGUGCCCAUUAUUAUGGAGGACGUUUUUGGCUGGGUGCGCGAGGGAAACGCAUUUCAGGUAGUUUCAAAUAUCAUUACUUGAAAAAACUUGGCCGCAUUUGGAAUGGCUUGGCGGAAAAAAAGAGCCUUAAGAACGGCCUCACUAUGUAGGCUGAAAAUUAGGAACACCAGAACGGUCCCUAAGUUAGCACUUUAUCAACCCCUAUAGGGGCCACUGAAGUUUGCAAAAGUAUAAACUUUGGGCGAAGAAGCAUUACGUUUUUUGAAUGAAGUUGAGAGACCCCUAUAGGGACCACUUAAGAUUUAGGUGCUAAGGGGUCAGACCUUGAACCCCUAUAGCUUUUUCGGCAUUUUCAGGGGCUGUUUGUUCUCCUAACCUCUAUAGGGACCACUCUGUAAUCGCUAAGAAGUUUGAUUUUCCCAUUCCCCAAAAACAUCAUUAUCUUUCUAGCACCAAAAAUUUCGAAUUUUUAGGUUAACCUCGAGUAUUUCUACAGGCUUUACAGUACCGCUCAAAAGUAUAUUAAGUUUUGGUUUUUUGAGAAUAUCUCAGCGAGUACUUAUCCGAUUUAUAUAUAACUUUCAGGGAUAAUGUAAAAAAUACUUUGAAACAUAUACGGCAUACAAAGACAUGUCCGCAAUCACUGAGACGCGUUUUAAGAAUUUUUUAUUGAAUUCAAUUUUUUUUGUUUUUUAUGCUUUUAUUUUUAUUUAUUUUUAUUAAACUUUUUAAGAGUAAUAAUGUUGCCAUAUGAUUUUUUCAUGUUUUCAGACAUGGGAAGAAUCUCUGGAAAAAAGGAUUCGACUGAUAACGACAAAAGAGCCAUCGUUGUGGGUCGUCAAAAUGGACUGACCAUGAUGACGUUGGCAGGAAUGUUCGGCGUGACAGAGGCGUGCAUUUCUCAGUUCCUAAAGCGUCAGAAAGCUCAAGAUGGCUCUACUAAGAGCCAAAACACUGGCAGACCACGUGUCACUGAUCGUAAUGACGAUAGAAACAUUUUGAAGACGUCUAGAACCAAUCCAAGACUCACCGCCCCUGCGAUCAGACGGGAAGUUUUCUUGAAUUCGCCAUCUCCGCCAUCCGUCUGGUCCGUGAAACGACGUCUGAAUGUUGCUGGAGUCAUGGGAAGACGUCCAGUGAAAAAACCGCUGAUUUCUGAAAAGAAUCGAGCCGGCAGGGUGACGUGGGCGAAAGAGCAUCUCAACUGGACCCGUCAAGACUGGAACAAGAUUCUGUGGUCCGACGAAACGGUCUUCCACCAUGUUUUACAGUAAGUAAUUGGUAUUUCGGAUGAUAUCUGGACCCAAUUGGUCUACGAACCCACUGAAUUCCGUCACUCCCGAAGAGGAGGAACUUGUUUUCGUCGGACCACAGAAUCUUGUUCCAGCCUUGACGGGUCCAGUUGAGAUGCUCCUUCGCCCACUUCACCCUGGCGGCUCGAUUCUUUUCAGAAAUCAGCGGUUUCUUCACUGAACGUCUUCCCAUGAUUCCAGCAGCAUUCAGACGUCGUUUCACGGUCGAGAAGGAUGGCGGAGAUGGCGAAUUCAAGCAAACUUCCCGUCUGAUCGCAAGGACGGUGAGUCUUGGAUCGGUUCUAGACGUCUUCAAAAUGUUUCUAUCGUCAUUACGAUCAGUGACACGUGGUCUUCCAGUGCGUUGGCUCUUAGUAAAGCCAUCUUGAGCUUUUCAACGCUUUAGGAACUGAGAAAUGCCCGCCUCUGUCACGCCGAACAUUCCUGCCAACGUCAUCAUGUUCAGUCCAAUUUGACGACCCACAACGAUGGCUCUUUUGCUGUUAUCAGUCAAAUCCUUUUUUCCAGAGGUUCUUCCCAUGUCUGAAAACAUGAAAAAAACAUAUGGCAACAUUAUUACUUUUUAAAAAAAUUUAAUAAAAAAAUAAAUAAAAAAAUAAAAAGCAUAAAAAAACAAAAAAAUUGAAUUCAAAAAAAUUCCUAAAACGCGUCACAGUGAUUGCGGACAUGUAUUUGUUUACCGUAUAUGUUUCAAAGUAUAUUUUACAUAAUCCCUGAAAGUUAUAUAUAAAUCGGAUAAGUACUCGCUGAGAUAUCCUCAAAAAACCAAAACUUAAUAGACUUUUGAGCGGUACUGUAUGUCUAGAAAUAAAACUUAUCCACCAAUUUACAGGGAAAAAAUGGCCUGCAAAAAAUUCAACUCAAUAAUCGGAAUACUGAAAACCAGAAAAACUAACAGAAACCGCCUCAAAAAUACAAAAAUAAAUAUGGUUCUUGAAAAAGUAAAAUGUGAUAUUGACAGGUCCGCGUCUGGCUCGACGAUCACGAACACGACUUGAACGUUGGGUGAGUUGGUUUUUAAAAAAAAGUCAGGUCUGAAAUAAACGGAAAGUUGGUCAGAUUGUUCCUUGAUGUACUAGAUAUAUAUCUUGAAAGUGUAAAUCUGCAAAACUUCCUAGUUUUCGAGGAAGGAGGCUUAAAAAUCUGAAAAUUCUCUCUUUUAGUGGAUUUUGAUGCUCAUGCGCAACCUUGUUCUGCGCCAAAAAAAAAAAUGAGCGUUAUGGUAAAACUUUCUCUGAAUCAAAUAUGUUUUAGAACACGAAUUUUAGGAUCUUUUGAAAAAAAAACUGAAUAUCCUUACUCGAGUCGUUUUCGAGAUACGGUAACCCAAAAGGAAUAGAGUAGAAUUCUUUGAAAAAUCAAUAUCUCAACAAAAAAAUCGACGAAUCUUGAUCAAAGUUUUUUUCGAAAGGUGCAGAAUAAUUUUGUUCAAUUUUUUUAAAAUUUUUUUCUAUUAUCAGGAAAUUCCUGAUAACUUGAUAAAUAUUCCUGACAGGAAUAUUAGCAAGUCAGGAUUUUCAGUACCUUCAUAUGGUACAUAAAAGAUUAUUCUGACCAAGUUUCAUGGAAUUUUAAUAUAAAGUAUAAUGACCCCUUGUUAGAUAUAAAUUCAAAUUUUUUUUAAAUUUUUCACUAACUUAUAGGUAUCUGUAGAUGCUUCUCAAAACGCUACGAAACUAUUUUCUCGAAAAUAAUCGCCUUUUUCAAUUUUCUGACAAGGUUUGCUCCACCAAACUACAGUUAGAACUCGGACCUUGGUAAUGUGAACGGGACGCGAAACGGACGUGUCGGGGCAUUUCUAGUGACCACUUUAGUAGCCUUAACGCUCUUAAGUGAUCCCUUGAAUCGCCCAGAAACGUCCGGAGCACGUCCGUUUCGCGUUACCAAUGUCCGAGAAGUUUCAAAAAUAGCGAUUAUAUAUAUUCAAAGGUCCUGAAUAUCCAUAAACUGAUUCUGAACCUCAAAAUUUGAUUUUUUCGGAAGAAAAAAUGGAACUACGAACAAGAUUACAGAGUGAAACUGCAAAAAUUUUAAAAAUCUCGAAUAUACUGAUCAACUUUGUUAAACACUUUCAAGCGCUUACAAUACAGUUCAUCUCUUUUUGAAAAAAUCUGAUGAAAUUCCAGAGAAUUUUUCAGAAACGCCCCUAUUUGAACAUUUCAAAAACCAGGAAAAGUUCUAAAAAAAUUUUCGAACUUUCGAGCAACCUGCCUUUUCAGUGUUCUGUCCUAAAAAUAGUGACUUCAAUAUCCUAAGUUUAAUAAUUUAAUUUAAAAAUUUCCAGAGACGACCACGCAUUUUCCCUCCUCCACUGGGCUUCCAAAGAAGGGCAUGUCAGUAUCGCCGAAAUGCUCCUUUCAAGGUUCACUUUAUUUUCAUUCAAUUUCUGAUUUGACCCUUUCUAAUAACUGAAAAAAUCCUGCUCCUUAAAGAAAAUCAUGAAAAAGUACCUGAAACCGUAAAAAGAACUUUGAAAUCGUGAUCGAAGUGUACAGAUGAAGAAUUCAAAUCCAAUUCCGAAAUCUGAAAAGUCAUAUAAGAAGAAAAAAAAAGAAGAAUGUUUUGAAGUUUCAUCAAUGCAAUUCUAUUCACACUUUAAAGAAAAAAAACGCAAAAAAAAAUUUUUAAAAAUCGAUCUUUUUAUUUUUGAACUUUCUUGUAAUGCUUCAGUGAAACUCAGUUCAAAAUCCAACUCUCUAUGGAAAAAUAUCUCGACGAUUCCCGGAAAAAAACUAAGGACUGAAAACAGCUCAAAAUAAGACGCUGAACAAUGUUGGAAAAUCCUGUUACGCAAGAAAUUUUCGAAACAUUCAAUCAAAUUUACAAUUCUUUGAUGAACAAGCCUGUACAACGCGAUAAAUUCUCUCAAAUUCAUUUAUUUCACGGCAAGAAAAUGUUAAAAAACGGAUAAAAGAACGAAGAAAAAAAGGAAAACUGAAAAAAGAGAAUUUUUGCAAAAAUUUUUGAAAUGUGUGCAUGCACUGACGGUCACGACCUUUUGCGGACUGAAAUUUGGAUACAGUAUCAUUUAUUUUGUUUUUUUGUUUUUCCUUUCAAAUUUUGACGUCUUUUCAGAGGUGCUCGUGUCACGGCAACCAACAUGGGUGACGAUACAAGCUUACACUUGGCAGCAGCAAAUGGACACCGGCCAAUUGUCGUGGUUAGCUUUUUUUGAAUUUUUAAAUUAUAGAUAGAUGUGAGAUAUAAUUAUAUGUGUAAUGGAUUUUUCCAGAAACUCCUAGCAAGAAAAGCCGACGUUCACGCGACCAACGAACACGGAAUGACGCCGCUGCAUUAUGCUUGCUUCUGGGGAUACGAGCAAAUCGCCGAGGUUGGUUCAGUCGGUUGGCGUCUUGUUUAGUAUAUUUAUUACCUGGGUUCAAGUCCUGUUGAGGUUUUUUUGUGCGUUAAAUAAAGUUUGAAGGGCUAUUUUCAAGGUGGACAUCAAUUCUUUAGUUAUUUUUUUGAAGCAAAAAAACCUUUAAAAAAAUUCAAUUAUCAGGCAUUUUUUUCAACUUGAAGCCUUUUUAUUAGGUACCAAUCGAUCCAGAAUUACAAACUGAACCAGAAAAUCAAGUUAAAAUGCGAUCAAAAAUUCAUAUUUUUGAGUUUCAUCUACUUGAAAACGAUCAGCAAGUUUUUUUCAGUCAUUUUCUUUUCACAAACUUAAAAAAUCCCUUUCUCGACCAUUUUCUAACUUACAAAGCUGAAAAGGGUACCAAAAGAUCCAGAAUUUCCAACCCCAUCCAUAAAAAAUAAAAAAAGUCAUAUAGAAUGUUCGAAUUUUUCUAAAUGUAGAGUUCUUCAGGACCUAAUCCAAUACGGCGCCCUGAUCAGCGCCUGCAACAAACGAGGCCAAACUCCUUUGGACGUUUGCCAGCCACAAUGCAGGGAUACUAUCAUAGGUAUUUUUCGUUUUCCGUGACAUGAAAGGCUUCUCUUCGCCCUCCUUAUCUCUCGGCGACUCUCUCAUGUUUACCCGCUGUUUCCAUGUUUCUCUGACCUCGCCGGUGAGGGAACAGAGAGACGCAGACGAACAGACUAUAUAGUCUGUUCAGAUUUUGAAUGUCAAGUCGCCGCUCAAGCUCCGCCCCUAUUGGUGCGGUAAACCAAUCAGAGAGCGAGCCAUCCACAGAGCGUUUUUGAAUGACGUCAUUGCACUUGACAUUAAAAAUCUGAACAGACUAUAUUUAUUUCUUUUUUUUAAUAGUUCAAAGGUCGAGUCGGUUGUGAGCUGUUUUGCUAUAAACUAUUACUAUAAAAUCAUACAAUCUUUUUUUUAUAAAGCGCAUAUAACAGUAAAGUCAUGAAACACCCGGAAAAUUCCAGAAAUCGCCGCGGAAAACGGCCAACAGGCGGACCAGCGGGUCCCAUUCAAGGAUCAAACUUGGAAGGGGACCAAAUCUCGGACGAGGGACGCCACGCUCUCCCGCUACACGGGCGUUGAUGUCUCAUCUCUCAACCUCAUUUCUAAGGUUUUUUCUUGAGUUAAAAAAAUUUUUUCCGGCGGAUUGGAAGGCUUGGAGUCACUUUGUGAAGUGUCAAAAAGUGCUGAAAAAAUUUCUGACUUGAUCCACCCAUAAAGCAAAAAAAAAGAGGCGCUUAGUGAAAUUCUAAACCUCUUAAGUGGUCAUUUCAGACCUCCUUUGUUUUAUCCCUUAAGUAGACCCUUGGAAAGCCCAAAUCCAGCCCAAGGAACGCUCAGUGAAAUUCUAAACUUCUUAAGUGGUCAUUCCAGGACUCCUUAGACCACUUUACCUCUAGGGGCCACUUUUCUAAGCCCUGUAGGGGUCACUGAAGCUUGCAACAGUGGCCCCUUCAGGGAAAAUUGUAUAGUUUGUUCAUAUUUUGAAUGUCAAGUACAAUGACGUCAUUCGAAAACGCUCUGUGGAUGGCUCGCCCUCUGAUUGGCUUAUCGGGUCAUUAGGGGCGGAGCUUUAGAAGCGACUUUUAAAUCUGAACAGACUAUAUUCGAUAAUUUUUAUGAACUCUAAGCGAAGAAGCAUUUCCAUGGAAAAAACUGAAUAAAAAAGCGUUUUUCGAAUGAAUUCGAGAGACCCUAUAGGGUCCACUUGAGCUUUAGGGGCUAAGGGGUCAGACUUUGAACCCCUAUAGGGACCACUUUUUCGGCCUACCCUCCUAACCCCUAUAGAGACCACUCUGGAGCCCCCAAAUUUAAACAAAAAAAUUUUAAAAAAAAACUAGAAAAGUGGGACCACCACAAGUAAAUCGCUGAAGAGACUUACUUUAACCAUUCCAAAAUCUCCAAGUAGCCACUUAAACAAAUUUUUUCAACAGAUCGCCGAGUCGCAUUCCGGAGAGCUGUGGCGCGGAAAAUGGCAAGGCAACGACAUCGUCGCCAGAAUUCUCUCCGUUCCCGAGGUCACUCCGAGAAUUUCGCGAGACUUCCAGACCGAGUUCCCCGCUUUGAGGUGAGCCUCUGAUCAAACUACAUCCAAAACUUCACUUUUCAGGAUAUUCGCCCAUCCAAACAUCUGCCCGGUGUUGGCCGCCGCCAAUCAACCCCCAAAUUUGGUCAUCAUUUCUCAAUUCAUGCCCUUUGGAAGUCUCUACAACGUUCUUCAUGAGCAGAGCUGUGAGUUUCGAAAUGGAUUUUUUUAAAGGACAGUGGAAAUCGAAAAAGCUUUCAAAUUGGUCAUUUGAAGAGAAAAUUUCGCUCAAAAGGUAUGUAGCAUAUUUCACAAAACUCUAUCUGAUUGCAUUUCCAACCCACAUGGGUUCUCGACAACAUGGCUCAGUCGGUGAGACAGUUGCUUAUCGCUCAAAAGGUCAAGGGUUCAAAUCCCGGUCGCAAAAUUUUGCAGAAAUGGAACUUGAAGUUCCGAUAUUCAGCAGUAGCGGAUACUCAGAAAUCAUUUUUAGAGAACAAAUUUAAAAAAAAAAGUGGCCUAAUGCCUAAACGUUUAGAGCAUCACUCAAAAGGUCAAGGGUUAAUUUCCUUGCCACAGAAUUUUGCAGGAAAAAUUAAACUUGAAGCUUACUGUUAUAUUUUCUAUAGUCCUGAUUACUCAGAGAACUUAAUUAUGAAGUUUAAAUUUUAAAAAAGAGUAGCUCAAUGGCUAAAAGUUCAGAACAACACUCAAAAGGUCAAGGGUUCGAACCCCGGUCGCAAAAUUCUGCAGGAAAAAAAACUUUUAGCUUACUGGUAUAUUUCCUGUAGUCCUGAUUACUCAGAAAUCUUAAUUUUGAAGUUCAAAUUUCGAUAAAGCGGUGGCUCAAUGGCUAAACAUUCAGAACAUCGAUCAAAAGGUCACAGGUUCAAAUCCCGGUCGCAAGAUUUUGCAGGAAAAAUAAAAAUUGAAGCUUACUGUUAUGUUUUCUGUAGUCCUGAUUACUCAGAAAUCUUAAUUUUGAAGUUCAAAUUUCAAUAAAGCAGUGGCUCAAUGGCUUAACGUUCAGAACACCACUCAAAAGGUCACAGGUUCAAAUCCCGGUCGCAAGAUUUUGCAGGAAAAAAAAACUUGUAGCUCGGAUUUCUAGUGGAGAACACGUUAGAGUUCAUAAAUGUUUGAAGUCCUAUUUGAAAAGAUUGGCUCAAUGGCUAAAGCUUCAAAAUAUCACUCAAAAGGUCGCGGGUUCGAAACCUGGGAGCAUUUUCGCAAAAAAAAUUCUGAAGCUCAGUUUUUGUGAUGAUUUCAUAUCUUUUCAAGUCCACAUUUCGAUUCGAAGAUGGCCUAGCGGCUAAACACCUCAACUAUCACCAAACAAGUCUCGAGUUCAAUCCCAUCUCAUUCUAUUUUUUUUUUUUGCAGCGGUGGUGAUCGACCACAGCCAGGCGGUCCGAUUCGCGUUGGACAUUGCUCGGGGAAUGUCGUACCUGCACAGUCUGGACCCUCUCGUCCUGCGCUACUAUCUCUCCUCGAAGCACAUCGUCGUCGACGAGGAGCUGACGGCCAAGAUCUCGAUGGCCGACACCAAGUUCAGCUUCCAGGAGGUCGGCAGGAUCUACUCGCCGGCUUGGAUGAGCCCUGAAGGUUGGAUCUUGAAGAGCCAUUCUUGCUAAAAGAUGAUAAUUUCAGCCCUAAACCGAGCCCCGGAAGAUCUGAAUAUCCGGGCGGCCGACAUGUGGUCUUUCGGCGUUCUGCUCUGGGAAUUGAACACGCGCGAGGUUCCGUUCGCCGAUUUGCCGCCCAUGGAGUGCGGAAUGAAGGUUUGUUCAUAUUCUUUUUGUCGCAUUUGGAAAGGAUCAUGCGUCGCGGUCGCGCUGCGGUCAGACUCAAUAUCUUGAAUUUUAAGCCAUUCCAAAUGCGGUUAACACCUUUAAAAAUGAUAAAUGACGUCAUCGUUCCACUCUAUGACGUCAUUCAACUCACGCGUUGCGGUCAGCAGAUCCAAGUAGUCUGGCUCAAUAUCUUCAAUUUUAAGCCAUUCCAAAUGCGGUUAACACCUUUCAAAAUAAUAAAUGACGUCAUCGACUCAAUUUAUGACGUCAUUAAUGUUUUCUACCUGCUUUAAAGCUUUAUAGAGCCGUUUUUCUUCAUUUUAUCAGUGGAGCGCAAAAGCCCGCCUUUUUGAGCCGUGGAAACAUAAAACUCGAAAAAAUUCCCCAAAAAGAAAUAACUAUCUUUCAGGUUGCCCUGGAAGGCCUGCGAGUGACGAUUCCGCCCGGAAUCGCCCGCAACAUGUACCGACUCAUCAACAUCUGCAUGAACGAGGACUCGGGCCGUCGGCCCAACUUUGACCAAAUUAUCCCGAUCCUUGAGAAGAUGGCCAUCUGA